AGAGCAUCGGUUUCUCAACCGUUUCUGAUGUUCUUGCGGCGUGCUCCUGUUUCGCGAUUUUCGGCGAUUUGAGAAACUAGGCUUCACGCUGUCUCGUUUUCUUGGCUUUUUAUCAGCAUAUCCAAACCUACCAACUACAUCAACAGCCGGGCUGUGACUCGAGAAUCAAACUUUCAAACAUAUCGGUGUCAUCUUCAGAUGUGACCUAGUCUCAAACUGCACUGCCAACAUGGGUGCACUCUCGCUUUAAUACUUCCUGUCUUCUCAAGCCCUUAUCAACACCUAUUCCUCCGUGGUACCCUCGCCCAAGAUGAGUGCCCCACCUGACGACACCACGGGCAACACAACAAAUGGUUCUCCAGAAGCAGGAGACAGUACGGUAGCGGACCCUUCAACUUCAAUCGCAUUCACGCCUCUUCAAAAACUUCCACUCGAACUUCGGUUCAUGAUUUACCGCCACACAUGGGAGCCAAAAACCAUCACAAUUUCAAGCCCUGGCGUUGGCAGAAUCCAUGACUACCGCGAGCUGCCUGUAACCCUGCGCAUCAACAGCGAAACCCGACAGGAGACAUUGAGGCACUACUAUGAGUGUAAUGUCUGGUCAAGAUAUGUCAACCAUACCACCAAUGAGUUCGGCGAGAGAUGCAGAAAGGCAUAUAUCAAUCCAUCUUUGGAUACGCUAUACCUAGAUCACUUCCCAACUAUCACCAGGAUCGAUAUCCCCAUCCCCCCGGUCAAGAAGCCGUGCCUACGGAUCAUUUUAAGCGCAUACAUCGACCAGCCGGGUGCUCUUGAGCUAUUGCACGCCAAAUCGGGUCUCGGGCCGCUCAUUCUUGAGAUGGAGAUCGAGCAACAAAUCACAAGAAGGGAAGGUUAUGGGGUGGCAUUGUUACUGAGCGUGGAGGAAGAUAUACCUAUUGCUUUGGCCCGUGCCCAAGGACGUCGUUUAACUUUUGGUUCGACCAAAGAAUCAGAACAAGGAGAAGGGGGCUAAGCUUAGCUUGGUCCUAUGCAUCAGCAGAAUAGAUUGAUUGCCGGGCAUGUCAAAGGCCAAGGCGCUGACGAUCUUCGACAUUCGGGAUCAGGAAUGGGAGGGUUCAAGUGUGUGGAUGUGCAGACUUUUAAUAGGACAGAGGCCGUCGUUUUACUGACCUCUGAUUUGUGAAAGAGAUGAAUUAGUAGUCAUUGCUCAUGUUGAUUCAAGCAAUGUAAUUCAAUAUGUUGAUGAAUGCAAAUGUUGUCGUGACGGUCUUGAUGCG